AGACACCAGGGAAGAUGCAUGUCAACAGUGAUCCAGUGACAUGAUAUUAAUGUUUUGGCUACUUUUGGUCAAAGUAAUAGGAAGACGAGUUUAGUAGUUAGUAACGGUACUAGCAAAUGUACUACACCGCUCGGUUGCGGGAGAAGCGUCGUUUAAGUAAGCUACGUCACUUCCGGCUAGCAGACCCGGUGGAAGCAAGCUCGCCGUUCAGCUAAGUUAGCACUAGCAGGGCCACCGCCGAGGCAGCUCGCCUCCACUCUUAAUGUGACGGUGGCUACGGUUGGCUAAAUAAAAUAUUUAUAUUUAUGCUUGCUAUUGACAGGACUGCCUGUUUUGGACUGUCAGUGGCGAAAGACGACGACGACGACAAAAAAGCGAGGCCGCUUCUCCGCGCUUGCUGCUGCUGCUGCUGCUGCCGCCGCUGGGGCUGCUGCCGCUGCUGCUACAAGCACCACAAGUACUACAAGUCGAACAGGGACGCCGGCUAACUACUACUGUAGCAAAUUGACAUCCGAGCAUCGCCACCAAAAAGGCUUCUCUCUCACUGCACGAAUUGUCCGGGGAGGGGGGGGGGUGGGGGGUUCCAAACACAACAACAGCUGGACGAUCCAUGAUGUCCGCCGCCAGCAUUGACCCGCAGAUCUCGAAAGGACAAGAUGCCAGUAAAGGCUUUCCUGUGUCAGUGCAGAACGGCUCUCUGCACCAGAAGGACACGGUUCACGAUAAUGACUUUGAGCCCUAUCUCACUGGCCAGUCCAACCAGAAUAACAGCUAUCAGUCCAUGACUGACCCUUACCUGUCCAGCUACUACGCCCCCUCCAUCGGGUUCCCCUACCCCCUCAGUGAGGCUCCGUGGUCCACAGGUGGUGACCCACCUAUCCCCUACCUGACGCCUUAUGCGCCCCUCAGCAACGGGGACCACCACUUCAUGCACGACACGGUAUUUGGCCAGCCAGGGGGACUCAGCAGCAGCAUUUAUCCGCACAGGUUUAACUUUUUCCCAGAGAACCCGGCCUUCUCCGCCUGGGGCACCAGCGGUUCUCAGGGCCAGCAGACCCAGAGCUCAGCCUACGGGGGAAGUUACAGCUACCCGCCCAGCUCCUUGGGAGGCACUUUAGUCCCAGAUGGCCAGACAGGGUUCCAUAGCGACACCCUCAAUAAGGCCCCGGGUAUGAACAACCUGGAGCAGGGUAUGCUGAGCCUUAAAAUCGGCGGGGAUGUGACGGCCGGGGGCUCGGGCGUGAAGACGGCCGGCUCUGUGAUUGGCGGCAGCGGUGUUGCCGUCGCCGCGGGCAACGGGGGUACGGUGGGCAUGCCGCCCCCAAAACCCGCGUCGUGGGCCGCCAUUGCGAGUAAACCCGCCAAAUUGCAGCAACAAAAGACCAAAAACAAACUCGGCGCGCCCAUCGGUGGCGGCCCGCUCCCCCCAGCGCCGGUCAAACACAACAUGGUGGACAUUGACACGUGGGAUAAUAAAGUUUCCGUCACAAAGAUGGCUGCUCCUUUGCAGCACCAUCACCACCACCACCACCACCACCACCAACAGCAGCACCAGCCGCAGCCGCUUCAUUCUCACCCCGGCAGCCUCCUACCCCCCCUGCAGCAGUCGCUCCAGUCGGCCCAGUCUCUGGUCCAGCAGAUGACCAUGCCGGGUCCCCCGCCUCCCCCGAUGCAGUCCUACCAGAACCACAACUCGGCUCCGGCGCCACAGACCCGCUGGGUGGCCCCUCGCAAUCGCAACUUAUGCUACGGCAGCGGGAGCUUGGACAGCAGCGGUUCGUCCAGCGGCGGGGUCGGUAAUGGCUGCGGCGGGGGACCCGAACCGGGCUCUGAAUCACACCCGGUGCUGGAGAAGCUGCGCGCAGCCCACAGUUACAACCCGAAGGAUUUUGAGUGGAACCUGAAAAAUGGCCGCGUGUUCAUCAUCAAGAGCUACUCGGAAGACGACAUCCAUCGCUCUAUCAAGUACUCCAUCUGGUGCAGCACGGAGCACGGCAACAAACGAUUGGACUUGGCCUUCAGGACCAUGAACUCUAAGGGUCCUGUGUAUUUGUUGUUCAGCGUCAACGGCAGCGGCCAUUUCUGCGGCGUGGCGGAAAUGCGCUCGCCCGUGGACUACGGCACCAGCGCCGGCGUUUGGGCGCAGGACAAGUGGAAGGGCAAGUUUGACGUGAACUGGUUGUUUGUUAAAGACGUGCCCAAUAGCCAGUUGCGCCACAUCCGCCUGGAGAACAACGACAACAAGCCGGUCACCAACUCUCGCGACACUCAAGAGGUUCCUCUGGAGAAGGCCAAGCAGGUGCUCAAGAUCAUUGCCACCUACAAACACACCACCUCCAUCUUUGAUGACUUUUCCCACUAUGAGAGGAAGCAGGAGGAGGAGGAAGUGGUGAAAAAGGUCAGUGUUGCGUCCGCUGCAUUCCAAUUCAUCCAUUUCAGUCCCCCGUAAAACGUCAGCAAAAGUCUUUGUAACCUGCUGAAGAAACAAAUAUUUGUCAAAUUAACAACUUUUUAAAAAUAUUUUUUUGUCAAUGUCUAUGUAGCCUGGGCCUAAUUAAGAUAAUAAUAAUUCUACAUUUUUGUCCUUUUUUUUUUCUAUACAUUUGGAUAAUAUUGACAUUUAUUGACUACUGUUGGAAAUCAUAAUCUGAAUGCAAGUUGACAUGAAUCCAUGUCAUUUAGACUUGCGAAUGACCGAUAGUUUGACAUUUCCGUAUCCAUUUGGAAGUCUUGACAACCAAACUAUAAUAACUAUGUCUACUACUCACAUAUACGUAUUCAUAGUAGGUGCAAAAUAGUCAUCUUGGCAUAAAAAUCUGGAGUUUUCUUUUCAGGAGAGACAAAUGUUUCCAAUCCAAAUGCCUUUGUUGAUAAACAAGUAGCUCCAGGGCUUCAUUUUGUUCUUUCAUCCUUCUUGUGUGGCUCUCUGUGACUUCGGCAAAUAAGGACUACUUUGUUUCACGUUCAAUCACGAUAUGUUUUUAGUUUUCCAAAUGCAUUUGUAAGUACAAAGAAACAUUUGUGGAUUAUUUCUUUUUUGUCACCCAAAAAUAUUUGUCACAAGCGCCCAUGUGCAAGAUAUGACGCCAAGAUUUAGAUCAGCAACUCUCUAAGUAAACCAUAAAAGACGGAGAAGAAAAGAGGAUGCUACAUGAACUAUAGUCAAAACAAACGUUGCUUACAUAGCUUGCAAUGGUGUUUCGAUGCAGGUGACGACUUAGAGCGCUAAUAUGCCGAAUGCGGCGCUGUACGCUGAGGCUCGGGAGCAAAAAUCACAUUGACUAUUAUUUUGAAAAUAUUUUAUAUUUUACUCUAAGAUAUUAAGUGAAUUAGUCCUUAAGUCAAUGCAAGAAAUGCACACUGAGACACAUUUGAAAAAAAUAUUUCAGGCCUCUGCAUGCACAAAGUCAGUUCAUGUCAUGAAAAAUGGGAACAAAAAUCAAGUCAAUUCCUUCAAUACAUGAUUAUUUGACUUGAUUAGGAUGCCGAUUAUUUUUUGAUGUCGUCACCCAAAGUAAAAUCAGAUGAUGGCAAAUAUUUUGCUUUGAUUCAACAUUGUUGAUCUGCUUUCAUGGAGGACUACAGAAUCAGAACAGUUUGUGUUGUAAGGCUGAAGAUGUGUUUGAAAUCAAAAAAGUAUUCGGAACUUUCAAUUUCCCAAGUAACUGUUGUACUUGUAGUUGCACGCAAUGUUUGGUGUGUCAUGCCACUGUGUAAUAGCGACAAAGCCGCCUUUUGCUCUCCUUGCAGGAUCGUCAGAAGUAAACAGCGCCCCCUGGUGGAACGCUCCGUGGCAAGUCCUGCUGGGAUGGACACUCAAAUGAAAUUCCUAUUUAACAGAAAACAAACAAGGAGACACGUGAUAUAUUUUCUAUUUAAUUUCGGGCCACUUUGGCCGCCCUGCCCCCUUGUCCUAAACCCUGAGUAUCAUUUUUAGGAAGUGUGAGGCUUGAAGUUUCUUCAGUGUUACAUACUUUCUAUGGUUUUUUUUGGGCGGGGGGGGGGGGUGUUUUUGCUGCCAGAACAAGUAUCAUUUAUGGAAUAAGUAACACGUGCACGUCUGGUUUCUGAAAUCUCAUGACAACACGCUGCUGAUAUUCAGUGACUGUUCACUUUGUGGUUUGUGAGUUUGGACAAAUGUGAAGUGCUUGUGUUGGUGAAUCUCGCGAGUGAACAACACUAAAGUCUGCUCUGUGUGCGCGUAUGGUCACUUGUGUUUAGUAUUAUGACAAAACAUUUUUCUCACCUUUGCUUCAGGAACGUGUGCAACGCAAAUCUACAAAGUUAAAGAUAUAGUCUGGAAGGAUGCGGCGGCUAAUAUGAAACGGAGCAUUGAGAUAGAGAACGCAUGUAAAUCUCCAGCGCAGAGCCUUAAAACGCUUCUUUUCAGCACAACCGAACAGAUUGGGGAUGAUUUGAUUUGUCAUGGCGAUUCAGGGAAUUUGCAUCUCAAGGUGGUCCCUCUCUUUCUUAUUCAAAGGUGAACGUAACCGAUGGAUCGAUGUCCCGUUUUGGUAAUUUUCUUUUUUGCGUCUCGUCAAAAUCUGGAGAUGUAGCAUGUAAUGCUUUUAAAACUGUCACUUGGUUUUGUUUCUCGGUCUUUAUCGACUUACUAGUUAUUAAUACUUAGAUCAGUUCCAUUGCUGUGACCUUUCCCCUCGCCCCCACCGCCAUCAGAUAAUAGAAGCUUUAAUGUACUGGCAUUUCUAACUGCAAACGCCUCAAAUGUUUAACUGUAGCAUUAUACUUAACUGAUUUAUCGUACGUGAAUGGAAACCCAGAGGCUAGUUUAUAUGCUAUAUGUUUAUUGUGAUGUUAUGUUUCUUUCUUUGUCUUUUUUUUUUUUUUAAAUAACUUGCAGUGUUGUCUGUGUGUACGCAUGAGUGUGGAAGUAAAGAGAGGGAGAAUGACUGUGGUGCGACCAGAGCUAUAUAACAGUGUUGGAUUAUUGAAAAAGUAUGCAAAAAAAAGUUUAAUGUCACCCCUGAAUUAAAUGUCAUUAUCAGAGGUCACUAUCACAUUCUUAUAUUUGAUCAUAUUCAUUAUUAAAGAUAUACUUAUCUGG